CUUUUAUCUUUGUGAUGGCUCCAGCUAUAUAAAAACUUAAAACAAACGCAUAAAGAGAUUUAUAAAGGAGAGGGGAGAGUACAAAGAAUCAAAAUGAACUAUUUGCUCUUUGCUAUUUUACUAGUGUUUCACUUUAAUAUGAGUAGCUCAAUUCUCAAAAAAAAAAGUGUAGUCUGGGGGUUUUACAUCUGGUAAUCCUUUUGUAUUUUCUCAAUUCUCAAAAUGAACUAUUUGCUCCUUUCUAUUUAAUGUGUUUGUAUUGUUUGUGUUGACAUGUUCAGAGAUGGAAUUCAAUGGUUCAUGAUGGACUUAUGUGUGUUUGUACAGCAUGUUAGAUCGAGUUGAACUCGUUAUUUACCAUGGUGGAACUUUCAUCAGCGUUCCUGAGUGCAUUUACAGAGGUGGUGCAGUAAACUCUAUCACUAUAGACCCGGAUUUGAUUUCAUACACCCAUCUUCUCAUGUUUCUAAAAGAGGGAUCGUAUGGCAACAUUGAAGCUUUGUACUUCAAAAAGGCCACAGGACCCCCAAGGCAGACAGAAAUGACCGAAGAUGUAGAGGGAAGUCUAGCCGUAGUGGUGCAAGUUCAACCCGGGGGCAGCCUACUGCUUCGCACCCGAAGAUGCACAUACAGAGGGCGGGAUGAGGGGUGGUACACCUAGAGGGCGUGGGGGGCGUAGAGGACGAGGGACAAGUCGGAGGGGGCAUGUGAAAGAGGAUUUGAUAUAUAUACCAAUCCUGAGUCAGGACAAACAACAUUAAAUCCAGGGGAAACAAGUGAGAGGGUGAACUUUCAGCCAAGGAUGAGAAGCUCAUUGUGAGAUGUAUGGUGAACAAGAAAUUAUUGAUUGCUGGUGGUGGGGGCUUUGGUGACAUUUUGACUUGGGGUGUAGACAAGGCAUUGGGGUGUUUGCUGGCAGAUUUUUUUUUAAAAUAAAAACACAAUCCUUAACAAUUAUAUUAACUAAUCACUCAUACAUAGGAAGUCAUUGAUCCAACCGUUUAUAGCAGAUUUGGGGCCUCUUACUUUCACCAGGUUCCACACAAUAAUCCUCUCCAUUGGCCUUUAAGGUCAAGAUAAGUCUAGUGCAGUAGGCUGCUGCACUGCACUGGUUUAUCAACGGACCCACUAGAACAUACAAAGAGAAGUUCCUUGAUUUGGAAGCCUUCAAUAAUCAAUACUAUGACUCCUUCCUUAGAGAGAGAGUGUGAUAGUUCAUUGCUCCUGGGAAACUGAUCGGGUUCAGUGGGCUUCUUCCAACUCUCAGUUAACCCAUUUCUACUAAACAAUUUUUUUGAGUUGUACUCCUAUACAUAUUAAAUGAGUUAAUAAGGUCACUUUCACUA